UUGGACUCAUCCUUGAUUUAUCGUGGUUCAAGCGCUCUGGGGGAGGUUGAGCUUCCCUUCCCCAAUACAGUUAGUCAGCCAUUCAGCAUACCGUACAUGAGAUGACACCAUAACCAGCCACAAUUAGCCGUUAUAGGAGCCGCUAUCACAUUGAUCACUCCUCCACUUACAUAUUGGCUUAGGUGUACCUGGAGAGAAGACGUUGCUUCAAUAUUCAUAUGAAUACGUGAGCAUUGACCAUGGCGUCUGAAGGAGAAACGCGACCGCUGCUGUCCGCUUCUCGAGAGCAAGCCGAUGAACCCGUCGCUCCUCGGCACGAUGGCGUCAUCACCAGCGACGAUAUUGCUCAGGGGUCUUCAUUCUCCAAGAACCUUGGUACUGCCGAGGCUUUCGCGAUUGUGAUUAGCAUCGUGAUAGGGAGUGGAAUUUUCACGUCGCCCGGUUCAAUUGAUACUCACGUUCCCUCCCCGGGGGCGGCGCUGGUCGUAUGGCUUAUCGGCGGGAUUCUAGCCUGGACUGGGGCAUCUACUAUGGCGGAGCUCGGCACCGCGAUACCUGGCGAAGGUGGGGUACAGCCGUACUUGCGCUAUAUCUUCGGCGACGUGUUUGGUUUUCUGGCUGCUUGGACGUGGAUUGUCGCUGUGAUGCCCGCGACCUUGGCCAUCCUCAGCAUCGUCUUCGUCGAGAGCAUAUACUCGGCCGCCGGCAUCACCGACCAGGCGGACAGGAUUGAGCACAAGCUCCUCUCCAUCCUCAUCUUGGUGGUCAUCGGCGUAGCGAAUUCAAUCAGCACGAAAACGAGCACGCGGCUGAACGGCUUCUUCGUAGUAACGAAGUUUACCACUAUCGCUGCUGUUGUUGUCGCUGGGCUUGUCGUCGUUAUCAUACAGGCGACCCAUCCGAACAGAGACGAUGUCGGUGGCCGUGACUGGUUCACGAAGCCGUGGUUUGGAAACCGACCAACAGUGAACCCAGAUGGAAGUAGAACCGAUUGGGGCCAUUUGAGCGAAUGGGAGCUUCUGGGACACUACUCAACUGCUCUAUACGGAGCACUAUGGGCAUAUUCUGGCUGGGACAAGGCUAUCUACAUCUCCGCUGAGCUUUCGUCGCCGGCGAAACAGCUUCCCCUCGCCAUCAAUAGCGCUAUUCCUACAAUAGUCUUUUGUUUUAUUACGGCUAACACAGCUUACUAUAUCUUAUUGCCAUGGAACGUGGUAUCCACAACAGAUAGCGUGGCUGUGACUGCCAUAACGCGCCUUCUCGGCCAAGGCUUCGGCAUCGUCGCCGCCAUAGUCAUCUGUCUAGUCGUCGCAGGCUCUCUGCUGGGCAACUCCUUCGUAGCCGGCCGCAUGGCCGUGGCAGCUGCGAACCAAGAAUGGCUGCCACGUCUCUUUUCACAGUUAGGCCGAGUCGGCAUCAGAAAGAGACCCGAGCAAGAGUCAGAGUCGGCAGAUAGUUCCGCAGGCACAACCGCGUCAGAUGCCCCGAUCAACGCUAUCAUCUUGUCCACCGCGCUCUCCGCUUUAUACAUCCUCCUCGGCAAUUUCCGCGCUCUGCUCACGUUCAACGGCCUCGGCGAGUAUUCCUUUUUCUUCCUCACUGUUCUCGGGGCCAUCGUCUUGCGAGUUCGCGAACCUGGUCUUCACAGACCGUAUAAGCCUCUUGUACUUAUCCCGGCCGUCUUUGCUGUUGUGAGCGGCUUUGUGGUCGUAAGGGGCGCUAUAUUUGCACCGGUUCUGGCGGCUGUUCUGAUCGUGUUGUGGAUCAUUGGUGGUGUGCUGUAUUGGGGGCGCAAGGAGUAUGCUAGAAGACGAGUGGGCUGAGAUGCUCUGCUAGAUAUGGUUACUAGUAAUUGCGUGCUUAAGGAGAGGUGGAUGAGAAGACAUUAUAAUCACAUAACAUUGUAGACAUAUUCUUUCAUUCAUAAUAGCCCGAGUGAUGUGUGUUUGAUAUACGAGAACUAGCUCGUAUAGCCGAUAGUCAGGUCCUAGCAUCAUCGAUAAACUCUUCAAUUUCUAUACCGA